AUGGACUCCGGACAAGGCUGUACGAUAUGGUGUUAUGGUCUGGCAAGAACGCGUUGGCGAGCAGAUGCUACUGCCCAAUCUCACAGUCUAGCCGCCGGCUCCCUGGCUGCAGGUCUGAAUACAAUAAAACCACCCGCCAGUAGCAGAAGAUGGCUCAGAGGGGAAGGGAAAACACAGUCGUUGCUCACUCAGAUGAGCACCAGCAUGCUCAAUGCUUUCUCAUCAGCUACUGGAAUGCUGAAAGCCAAUAACCGAGAUGAAAGUGGCGUUCUUGAGGAACGAGAUUGUGAGCGCGCAAGCAAAAAGAGCAUUUCAGCGUUGAGCGUUCUGGGGCCUGGGUCGGACCUGGCAGCCAGGGAUGGCGGAAGAGACAAUCUUCGGUAA